AUGCCAAAGCAAAAGAUUAAUAAUGGUUCCUGUGUUGUUAAAAAUUGUGAUAAAGAUCCAAAUCCGGGUCAGCAACUUUGUAACCCUCAUUAUAUGAUUAUUGUUGAAAAUAAGUCAACUCAUGAAAAUGAUCCUAUGAUUAUCGUUGAAGAUGAGCCAAUUAAUAAGGAUAAACCUAUUUCAAACUUAUCAAAUAAAUUAGCACUUGGAGAUUGA